AUGUCGAACUCUGCCAAUGAACCGAAGGAAUCGCUCGACGCCGGCUCUAAUUCCCGGCUCUCAGGGCGCAUACACAUCGUGGGUAGUGACAAUGACGCCUUAUUUAUUGCUCACUCAUUAGCAAGUCGACGGUCUGUGCCGCCUAUCACUCUGAUGUUGAACGAUUUUGGCACCUACCAAAAAUGGGUGGCUGCGAAACAGAGCAUAAGUUUGCAAGCGAAUGGGUUGGAGGACAUCAAGACCGGCUUUGAUGUGAACGUCAGGAGGGGCAAGGCUACCUGGUACUCGAUUCCACAGACGACCGAACAGGUCGACUACGGAAAUCAUGACACGCUCGAAUCUGAGGGCGACUUCUAUGGCGCGGCGGAACCUGAAUCUCCCGGAACCGUGCAAUUCCAACAGGAUGACUCGAAAAUCGAGUGUGCAAUCAUCCCUGUCAGAUCGAACUGGACUGCCCUGGCCGUGGAAUCGAUUCAGCAUCGCUUGACGCCUGAUUCGACGAUCCUAAUCCUCUCAGACGGCCUGGGCACGAUGGAAGAAAUCAACAAGCACUGCUUCCCGGACCCGGUGACACGACCGCACUACAUGCAAGGAGUAUUCACCCACUACAUUCGUCGGAGAAAGGGUAGUUUUCAAUUCUAUCAUGCUCAGCUGGGCACACUUGUAUUAGGGGUUCCACCGCAGGAAAAUAAACUGUCUUUAGCUGAGGCCGAGAAAAUAUAUUGGACGCAAGCCUGGGCUCGAACCACCAAGUACCUCAUGCGCAUUCUGACCACCACCGCGCCACUCGUCGCUACUGCAGCAGCCCCGACCGAUCUCUUGUUAACCCAGCUGGAGCAAAUCGCGGUACAAUCCGUUCUCCAACCGCUGACCGCGCUCAUGGGAUUCAAAAACGGUGCUACUCUUUACAAUUACCACUUCACCCGUCUCACGCGCCUCCUCCUCCUCGAAACCUGUAGCAUUAUCGCCGCUCUGCCCGAGGUUCGGUCAAUUCCUGGGAUCGAGGUCCGCUUCGGCCCGGAGCGCAUACGCCGCAUGCUCACCCAAGUGGCCGAAAGGACUGCCGGCCAGGAGAGUAAUAUGUUGCGUGAUAUCAAUGCGGGCAAGGUAACUGAAAUCCAGUUCCUGAACGGCUACAUCGUGCGCAGAGGCGAGGAGCUCGGCCUCAAACCAGUGAUGAACUACAUGAUUCAAGCAUUGAUCCAAGGAAAGACAUAUGAGACCAGACAAAAGGAAAUCUCUGCAAUUCCCAUUGAUGUCCCCAUGGAAGGGCGAAGAAGGGAUUCUCGAAGCGCUCCAUAA